AUGCUUUAUACCUCUGUGACAUUCAGUGCUAAUACUGCAUUAAAUACCGCCGUGUACACCGCCACUAUCACUAACAACCUACCGGUUGUAGUAGCCUUGACCUGUGACCCUUCUCCCUGCCCUUUCAACGUUGACAACAGUGGUAAGGUGACGGUUGCGGCCGAUCUGCAGUCAAAUGGGGUCUCGCUGUACACGUGGAGCCUAGAAGCAGACGACACAUACAACACGGUGGUGUCGCAAAACAUCUCAGUUAUAAUAACAGAUAUCAACGUGGCUCCAACAAUAACCAAUCUCAAUGACGUCGCCACUGUCCUUGAAAACCAACCAAUCGGAACGUCCGUAUACCACGUGUCCUACUCUGACGUCAAUGGGGACACGCCCACUUUCUCAGCCUCAUUUACACCGGCUGCAUGCGCAUCCAUGUACAAUAUUGGAACGUCCGAUGGAAUCGUGUCAACGCGUGUUGCGUUAGAUUUCGAAUCAGAUCCGUCCUGUUCAAUGGUUGUUGACGUAUUCGAUGGUAGAGCGACGUCAUCACCCGGAACGCUUACGAUCAACGUUGCCGACGUGGACGAGACGCCUGUGUGGUUGCAGGCGGGAUAUACGUACAGCACUCCUGAAGUACCGAGCGGCACCGCACUGGCGGUAGCGGGAAUUUCAGCCACAGACCCUGAAGGCGCCGCAAUUUCUUACUCAAUCGGCUGCGGCAGUGACUCCGGUUACCUGACCGUGGACCCUACUUCCGGUGCUGUAACCAUGACAGCGGCCUUUGAUCUUGAGGUGUCCGCAGUCAACACUCACACGCUCGCGUGCACGUUAACGGCAGCGGACGCUACCGGGCAAUCUUCAGGCGCUGACCUGAGCGGUGCGGCAGUAGGCGCCACCUUCAGCCUUACAAUGACUGCGACCGAUGGCGGCACUCCCCCGCUCUCUGACACAGCCGUAGUCAUGGUAAUCGUGGUCUCCACCACCACCACUACGACUACAACUACGGCGGCGACAACGGCCGCAGCGGCAUCAACCGGAAGUGAGGAGUCGACGGGUUUCCUGUCUAGCACGGAGAGCAUCGUCUUUUUCGUGCUGGCGUGCGUGAUAUCUGCAAUGCUUGCAGCCGUUCUCGGGUUUCUUGUUUGGAAGUUCUGCUGUCGGAAUGCGUACACGAACGGUGCAACAAAAGUGGCACCCAACCAAGGUACCAACCAAUCCAACAAAUAUGAAGUGCUACUGGUUAACAUAGGACUGUAUUCAGUGCUACUGGGCUAA